UAAUUCGAUUGUAAAAAGAAAUGGUAUAAUACCUGACCGAUGGUCAAAUUUCCAUGCAUUCCAAUAAAAAGCAAACGGUGAAAGUUUUAAUGUUUUUAUUUAAAUUAGUCUACAGUUUCUCUCGCUCAAUUCGUAUAGAAAUUCAACCGUCACCCGAAAGAAAACUUUCGCCGUUUGAUUAUUCUCAUUCGUUUUUUUGGUUUCGUUGCCUCGAUUGAUGUAUAACAUUUCACACUUUUCAUUCUUUCUUUGCUCAUAUGUGAAUUGGUACCGACUAUCGAUGGAUCUUGAGCGAAUCUGCCACGACUUUGAAUUUCUCUGUGCUUUUAAAUACAUACUUCUUAUUUAUUCGACGGUAUUCGACGUUGGCGGUGGCGCAUCAUCAGCAUCGUCUCAAUCCGCGUUCUCGUACGUUUCAUAAAUCGCGCUAUACGAUUAGUGUCGUGAUUCUUCAUUAUUUUGCAAUUGGAGUCCCAAGUCUGAGAGGCAUCAUCCCUUGCAACGCAAUGAGUGUUAUCGAUUUCAUCCUGAGCAGUUUAUAAUAUUUUCUACUAAACAACAGCAACGAUAGGUUCAAGAAAAAACGCUGCCCUGAGCUGGAAAUUUAAAUUUCGCAAGCUGGCAGAUAAUCCUUCAACCGCUGUUCAAAAUGAUUAGACGCCUGUUCAGCACCCUGAUUACAGAUUAUCCACCAGCAGGAGAAUUUCUCUCGUCCACACCGCCCAACAGUGGUUCCCAGUCAUCAAAGGGAGGAACAGGCGAUGGAGGAGGAAGUGCCGUCAAAGCAUCUUUUCGGGCUUCGCAUUUGGAAUCCCUGAACUGGUUGCACUCCGUUUCACCAUGCUUUCCAGUGUCCGGAGAACGUAUUGAUGUAAUCUGCGAUCCCUCUUCGUUCUAUAACACCCUAUUGGAAAAAUGUUCAAAGGCACAGCAUCGGAUCAUGUUAGCUAGUUUGUACUUGGGUAUUGGAAACUUGGAAACGCGAUUAGUCGAUGCUAUAAGUGAUAAUAUGAAGCGCAAUCUGCAACUCAAGGUGGACGUUCUGUUGGAUUUCACCAGAGGUACACGAGGGGAGCGCAACUCGCAGACAACACUAAUGCCUUUGUUGCAACAAAGUGAUAACUUCCAGCUGUCUCUGUACCACACACCUGUACUGCGCGGUCUUACGAAAAGAUUGGCCCCUCCACGAUGGAACGAACUGUUGGGUAUCCAGCAUAUGAAACUAUACCUAGUGGACGAUACCGUCAUCAUAAGUGGGGCAAAUCUUUCGAACGAUUAUUUCACUAAUCGGCAAGACAGGUAUGUGAUGAUUGAGGAUCAUCGGUUGGCGAAUUUCUAUGCUGAAUUUUUGCACAAGGUACAGGAAUUCAGCUUGAAGGUAAAUCGAGCGGGGGAAGCUAAUUUACACGAAAAUUGGAACAUGUUGCCAUACAAGAGCGCACAAAUUGACUUUGCCACCGAAGCUCGGGACAGGAUACGAAAUUAUUUCCAGGGAGUGAUGGAACGACAGCGAAAGGAGUUCGAGGAAGACAAAGAAUCGGACACCUGGAUAUUUCCACUGAUUGAGAUGGGACAGCUCGGUAUUCACCAUGACAGUUUGGUGACCAAAAGUCUUCUCUCCGGCUGUCUUACCGAAUCGAAACUCAAUCUGGCCACGGGAUACUUCAACCUGACCGAAACCUACAUGGACACAUUGACGAAUGAGUGCCGCGCCGAAUGUAGCAUUCUGAUGGCACAUCCCAAUGCUAACGGUUUUUUGGGUGCCAAAGGACCAGCGGGAGGAAUUCCAGCUGCCUACUCGUUGAUUGCCAAGAAAUUCUACGAAAAACUGAAACUAUCUAACCAACAUCAUCGGGUGUCGCUGCUCGAGUACGAACGCCACGGUUGGACGUACCAUGCCAAGGGUCUGUGGUAUUACCUACCCGGAUCGAGUCAACCCAACCUCACCUUGGUCGGGUCAUCGAAUUUCGGCGAACGAUCUGUCAACCGGGAUCUUGAGGCACAAAUUGCUUUGGUAACCACCAAUGGCAGCCUUCAACGGAAGCUGCAGGCCGAGUACGAGAAUAUCCUGCAGCAUUCUUCGACGGCCGAAGCACAGCUGGAUGCUCGAGAGGUGCCCCGAUGGGUGCGGGCAGUAGUCGGGCUGUUCCGUAAUUUCUUCUAAGUCAUUAGGUAGGUUCUCCACUAUUUAAUAUUAAACUGUAUUGUACGCGGACGGUGACGAACUCAUUUGUGUCUCCUAGUGCUUUAACUUAGCUGUGCGCCGAACAAAUUUUAAGUAAUUGUACCAAAAAGUUGGAUUACAGAUUAAUUUUAAUAUUCAUAUGGACGCCAUAUUUUAAAAAAAAUACAAGGCUUAGCUAAAUUGAACAAA